UAUCCAGACAUGAGAUUCAGAGCCAAGUGCAGCAUCACAGGGGGACCUGCAGCAGAAUCAAACUGAAUCAGCUGUCUGGCUGCACUUCCACACAGAAGUACAACAAAGCUGCAGAAUUACUCUGGACACUCAGUAGACAAUGUACUGCUUGAAGCUCCCUACUUUGUUGAUGUUACUCUCUGUAGCUUUGAACUGUCUUAACACCGCACCAACAAACAGAUACUCCACUGUUUCUAGGGAACAAUUGGAUAUAGACCCACAGAGGGAGAACUGGUUGUUUCCUGGCUUUUCCAAAAAUUCAUUUCUCAGUUUUUCUGCUGCAUUUCCAGUAAAGGAACCAUUCACAGAAACCAGCCAUCACAUGGAAAAACGGAAGUGUAACACAGCAACGUGUGUGACGCAGCGCUUGGCAGACUAUUUAAUCCGAUCAAGCAGCAACAAGGGCAUGCUAUAUGCUCCAACAAAUGUGGGCUCUAACACUUAUGGCAAGAGGGACAGCAUGGAACCAUUGAUUCGAGAGCCUUUGAAAUAUCUACAAUAUUAGCGGAGAAUGUAGGGCCCUUCCAACAAUGUAUAACAUAUAUUAUUUUCUUUGUAAAAUAAAAUGCGAGAUAUAUUCUGUUGUUUUUAAUUGUAAGUUAAUAGUGCCUUUCUUGGUGUGAUAUUAAUGGGUGAAUUUACUAUACACAUUACUUUUAAAGAAAGUGCUGUUUUUAAAGUAUUCAUUUGUUAUGCACUGUAUGACUUUAUUUUAUAGCUCCCAUAGUAAAGAAACAUUAUAAAAAAAGCAGAAAAUUACAAAUUACAGCCAAUAACACGUUUGUUGGUUUAUCCUUAAAUGUUAAACACAAUGGUAUUCUAAAUUCAAUCAAAAACUUUUCUUCACAAUAAGACUUGCAAUUCCUGCGCUACACUUGUGAUCCUUUAUGCAGUUUGUUGUGUGUUAGUUUCGGUGUUGUAUGAUGUACUCUGCAGCCAUACUCGAGUAAAAGUAGAGUUGCCUUCCUGUAAAGUUACUCAAUUAAAAGUCAAGUUUAUCCAUGAGAAAACUACUGCAGUAAACAUUGAAAGUAUCCAGUAUUAAUUAUUCUUAAGUUUAAGUAAAUAUAGGAUCUCUCCCCAUUUUUCAUCCAUCCAUUAAUUUUUGAAACCCACUUAUACAGAGCAGGAUCAUGGAGAAGAUGGAGCAAGCAUUGAGCACCCCGGAGAGGACACCAGCCU